UUUUGUUGUGAUUUUCCUCGGCCGGUCGGAAAAGACACGUUUUUCCCAUUUUCACCGAUAUAAACAAAUGCUAUUUUUACCCGAUCCACCAAACAAGAGAGACGACCUAAGUGCGGCGGUGAAAUUCUUUGUUUCCCGUUUUUGAAUGCGUGCAGAUCGGUGUGUUAAUGUGGAUGUUGGCCAAAAACAAGGCGGCGGCCAAUUAAAGAGGCAGCAGAAGAGGAAGCACAAGAUUUAUUGGGCAGUUGUGGCCAAGAUUCUUGUAAGUUAAACACGAAGCCAUUUGUACCAGGAACAGGACAUAUCCAAUAUCAUAAUCCGAGUACUCGAACGGGAUCCAAGCAUUCCUAUCUCAACCCGGAAACUUCAAUCUGUAGACUAAUUGCCAAGAAUUCGAGGUUUACCGGGGUCAACCGAUGUAAACAACUGACCGGAUCUGAUUAACUUGCAGUAGAUGCGGGCACAAUUAAUUUGCACAACAAUGGACUGAUGCAAACAGUUGUUAGCCGAUGUCUGCCAAAAAAAAAACGAAAGCAAAAGGAAGGGCAACAUUAGCAGAAUUGCUAGAGCAGCAGCAACAAUUGCAAGACCUGUAGCAAAUAUUGCUAGUACAAUAGCAACAAUUACAAGAAAAUCAGCAACAACAGCAGCAUGCCACUGUGGCAGCCCGGCCAUAUCAACAUUUCGGCUAGAGUUGAGCAAUUUGCUAGUGCUGCUGCCGUUGCGUAUACGUAAUAUUAAAAAUAGGCUAUCGCCCAGGCUGCAGGAUGAACAAGCGCAGCGUCAUUAUCGCGGGAAUCGUGGCCAGCCUUUUGGGUUUGGUGCUCGGUGCCAAUUUCUACUUCAUGUACUACCUGAGCGCCGAGGAGGGUCAUCUAGCAAGCGUUCGGGCUCUGGAGAACAUGAUCCGCCAUAAGAUGCGCCACCUGAAACCCAACUACCUCAAUCGCAAUCCACGGUUCUUCAUGUUCCGCAACAAGCUGCUAAAAAACUACAAGGCGGCGAGCUACGAAAACGCCAGCGUUCUUUGGGACAUUGCGAAUUGGUGGCCACAUGAAAACGAGGUGUAUCCGUUAUACGACUCCUCGAUGGGACAGCUUUUGGAAACAUUGCGCCGCGAACCGAUUACCAGGGUAAGCAACCUGGGACGCGGAACCCAGCUGAAGCUGCUUAUGCGCCUGUCCAACCAACAAAAAGUGAUCUUCAAGCCUCAGUGGUAUCCGCGGGACGAGGUCAUUGAGGGCACGGUGUACAGCGGAAAGGAUCGACAUACAGCGGAAGUAUAUGCCUUCUAUUUGGGCGCCGUGCUUGACUUUCGAUGGACACCCAUUGUUGUGGGUCGAGUAGUGAAUUUAAAAAGGGAGAUCUAUGCCAAUGGUGAUCAGGAGCUCCAGCAAACCAUAAACAUCGAAACGGAUGAGGAUGGCAAGGAAAAGUACUGCUUGUUCGGAAAAUGCCAUUACUGCAACGAAGAAGAGACUGUCUGCGGUGAUGAGAGGCACAAUAUUGAAGGUGUACUCAUCUAUAUUAUUCCGGGAACAAUGGCAAAGAGGCGAUCACCAUGGCAGCGCACCUACAAGGAGGACAAGAGGGCGCCCUGGGAGGAUGACAUGACAUAUUGCAAGUCGUUGAAAAAUAAAAUGGAGACAAUGCGCCUUCUGGAUCUUAUAGAUGCUGCCAUUUUUGAUUACCUAAUUCAGAAUGGGGAUCGUCAUCACUAUGAGACGCGGGAGGAGCGUGUAGUUCUCAUCGAUAAUGGCAAGUCAUUUGGAAAUCCGAACAAGGACCACUUGGAUAUCUUGGCGCCACUCUACCAAUGCUGCCUCCUGCGAAAGUCAACAUGGGAUCGCCUGCAGGUCUUCUCCGGAGGUGUGCUCACGGAAAUCGUUGAUCGGCUGUCCAAACAGGAUGCUCUCUAUCCACUUAUCACUGACAAACACAAAAAAGGAGUGGAGCGUCGUCUUCUAGUAGUCUAUGCUGUUGUUGAGCACUGUAUGGACAUCGAGGGCGAUAAGAUGUUCAAAACUCUGUAGUUCAAGCUUUACAUUAAGGCUAAUAUGGUUGUUGAUUCAAAAUGAGCCAUCGUUAGAGCUAACGGAAAUAACUUUCCAAAUCCUACUUAAGAACUUAGCUAAAAUUAGCUAGAAACUUAUCAAAUAAUUUUAGUCAAUGUUUUCCCUCGACGGCUGUCUAUAUUCUCCUCAAAAACAUUUUUUUUUAAUAACUGUUUCCCAAAAAUAUAUAUAAAAAAGAAAUUAA